UUUUAUUGAUAAUCAAUGGUACAAAUUUUGAUAACGAAGAAUCGUAAAGUUUACAACUGAAUUGCACGCGUGAGAUAUCGUGAACAAUUUACGCGAACGCGCGAGGAGUACACAAUUCGAUUUUGCAAUCUUACGAACAUCACGAUUUGCUCCGUUCGCCGGUGCGUUAAUUAAAUACAGCCGCGAAAUCGCAAAGAAAGAGAAGAGAGAGAGAGAGAUUCGCAUGUGCACAGAUCCUUAAAGAAGCGAGUACGAGCUCCUUUGAGCGUGCAAGCGUCACGCAAAGGAGCGAGUAGGAGAAGAUGAAGAGAAGAAGCGGAGCAAGCGGAGGAAACAGAAGAUCAUAAUACCGGCUGUGCUGUAUAAGACAAUGAUACAGUUACACGAUCCUCUCAGUUGUGAGCCAAUCGUAAGAGGCACGACACAAGGGACUCGUACGCGAUAAGUAUAAUGAACCGCAGCAAGAACGACACGCUAGUUACGCUCGGCCCAUUAAUUAAAGGAACUCGUUAAUAUUGGCGGAAGAAAUCAGAAGAUAGAUUGUUCGUGCGCAUCGACGCGGUCUUCACUUCGUCUCGAGAUGUCGAUCAAGCCAGUGAUCCAGUGAACACGAAUCAUAGUGAUCUAUAAAUUUAUCUUUGUAAAAAGAUACAAAAUUUUUUUUACAACGAGAAUUAUUUUUGCAAUUGCAUAGCGUGUGUACGUCAACGAUUUUUCUUGAAAUACGACUCGUAAUGUCGUUGGGAAGGUUUUGUUGACAAUUACCUUCGUAAUCGCGGCGAUCGCUCAUCACAUAUGCGCAUCUCCCGUCGAAUGGACACUUUCAGGGACGUCUCGUGUGAAUGAACCGUGAUUCAUAGAUCGCAGACAGAAUAGAACACCAGAUAACGGCUAGAAAGCAAUAACUAAAGUUUACAUGUGACUUCUGCUAAUGAGGAUUGGAAGAGUAAAUCAGGAUUAAUUGAAACGUAAAUACUCUUCCUGUUACGCGACUCUGUUAUAAUAACGUAGAAUGAGAGUUAUUUCUACGAAAAAAAAAAGAUAGUUAUAUACGCUAUGUGAAAGUGAAGUAAAGUAUCCUUAAAACAUGAAGAAUUUGUUAACAAUGGGUCAUCAGGAGGGAUUUCUUGUUUUUCUCAUUUAUCUCCUGCGAUUCUGUCAAGUAUCGCAUUCGAUUGGUCUCAUGAUUGAUAAUCAACUUGUAAUCAUCGCGAAUGAUUGCUACACGAGAAUAGCUAUCGGAUCGAAAUUGCCGGACAUGGAUAUCUUCUCCAACGUCGCGGUCGGUAGCAUUUCGGAAUGCGAGGAUGAGUGCUCGAAAAGGAGAAAUUCCUGUAACGCGUUCGCUUUCGGGAUUGGCAUGAAAGGUAACGGAACAUGUGCUCUGAGUGUAAAAAUGCCGAAGCCAGAAGAUCUACAAAGUCAUGCUGAUUAUGAUGUCUACGUGAGAAGUCAACGUUCUCCACAUUGCGAACCAGAUCGACUUUACAAGAUGGGAAGCGGUAGUAUCGGACAAGAUAGAAGAAAUGAGACGAUGCCAACUACGACAUUCGGAAGCGGCUUUUUGGGCUCAACAAUGCCAAAUAUCUUGUCAUCUCCAAGAACUAUGGGAAAUAUGAUGCCUAACGUUAAUGAUCCUUCAUAUCAACGAGGAUAUACGCCUUCCUUCGACGAUGAGCGUCGAAUCACUGAUAUCGUUAGAAACAGAAAUCCGAUAUCACCUACCAGCAACCCUUUUAUAACUAAUAACGCAAAAGUCGACUAUAAUGAUUUAUCAAUAUAUUCAAACCGAAAAUCGGCUUUCGGUCAACGAACGCACUCGGAUCCAAAGUACAAUCGUCCUGAUUUUCAUGGAUCUUUUCAAAAUCCUUUCAAUGAUGUUAAUCACCUGAAUUUUGGAUCAGACCUAGAUAAUGAUCUUCAUUCAUAUAAGUCCCUCUCCGUUCAUAACGGACCUUUCGAAGUGUUUUCGAGACCUAUCUUUAUCUACGAUGGAGCCUCUAAAGAUAGAUCACCAGCGAAUUUCGGAUUUUCGAACGCUCACGAUACAACAAAACACCGCGUUACAAAUCAUUUUGAUCAGCAUCGGCAUCAAGAAUUUCACAAUAACGUGUAUAAAAAUCCAGGGAUUAUCAUAAAAUCAAAACAAAACGAAUUAGAUGCUGGAAAUUAUGAUUUCCGCAAAGUCUCUUCUCGUCCAACUAUCAGCAAUCUUUACGGUUUCGACAAUGAAGCAAGAAUCCCGAACAAAGGAUUCAAGGAUACUUCUGAAUUCUGGAAUCCAGAACUGAUGACGAUGUUUCGCGACUUCGGUACGAAGAUCACCGAAAAAUCAAAAUCGUGCUACAGAAGACUGCUAUCCGGCAAGAAAAGCUUGGAUCUACACGUUAGACGUGCCAUUGAAUGUGAAAGACUCGAGGACUGCCAUCGCGCUUGCGACUAUGAGAAGCGAUUCACUUGCGAGGGCUUCAACUAUCGACGCAUUGGACAUGGAACGAGAGGAAUAUGCGAGAUGACAUCGGUGCCUUAUUCUCGUAUGAAUUUUCAUCAGGACUUCAUAUCGGAUCCACAAUGCAAUUAUUAUGAGAAAGAUCCCAAUUGCGUGAUAAACACGCCUGAGACGCGACCAUCCUGGUGGAAUCAACCAUCCAGACCUGGUCAAUCUUAUGGCCCACCUUAUUAUCCUAAUGAAAGGCCAAGACCAUAUGCUCCGGAUCGACGACCUUUAAAUGAAGUGCCACGACCUCUGGAUUACGAUCGACGACCCUUGCAGGAAAUUCCACGACCGUUCGAUUACGAUCGGCGUCCUUCAAACGAGAUUCCGCGGCCUUUGGAUCACAGACUUGCGGAACACGAUCGGCAACCACCCAUUGUUUACGGGUAUCCUCAUCACAGACUGCAUGAUGAUACGUUUAGUCGAAGGAAUUAUCCCGAUUCAAUAAGGGGUGGAUAUCCAGCAACGAGACCGGAAGAUCGAUUUAUUUAUAGUGUUCGAUUUCCAUCCAGACGACCAACCGACGAUGACUUUUAUAACAGGAAUCCAUGGACACGAUAUCCGAGUAGAAGAAUCGAUCACGACAUAGGCACGAACGAAAUCGGCUCGUAUUUGCCAGACUAUCGAAAGGAUCCAACUCGUGACUGGAGUUCUUACGGCUCCGUUUACGGUGGCUCUUAUGGCUACGACACGAAUUACGUGGGAAAUUUUGAUAUACCGAAAUAUCAUCCAAAAUCUCAGCCUAAACCCUACAAUAACGAUCAAUUUUACGGCGAGUUUUAUAAUUACGGCGGCGCAUUCGGAUAUGGUGACAAUUAUAUACCGGCCAACCAGGAUUCGCUUUACGGCGGAACCACAAGUACCGAGGAAUGCUCCGUCCGAGCUGGUGCAGGAUUCAGGCUCAGUAGAGGAGUCGUACGAAAAACGUAUCUGACGUCAAAUCUGGAUCAGUGCGAGAAUCUGUGCAUUAGCGAGAAGAGCUACGUCUGCAUGAGUUUUAGCUACAGAUACAAUGUAUUACCCACGGACCCAACGGACAAUUGUCUUCUCAGCGAUGUUUCAUACAAGGAUCUGAAUUUUUACAUUGAUCUCGAGCCUGAUCGUGAUUACGAUAUUUACGCCAUAAUCGUCAAUUCAAGAACAUGCAGCGCGAGAAGAGAACCAAGCUCGCAUCCUCCAGAUGAAUGUUUUUGGAGAGUCAGAAGUGGAUUUGGAAUGCCCACGGACGUCGUUAGAAAAUCGCUAAUAGUCAACGAUCUAGGAGAGUGUCAGGCAGAAUGUAUGACAAUGCACGAUUUUAUGUGUAGAAGUUUCACGUUCAAAUAUGGAUUGGAACAUGGACGAUCGGAUAUUCUAACUAACUGUUACCUAAGUGAUUGGCCAUCGCAAGAUAUCAACCCUACCCACAUGCCGGAUAUGGACGGAGCAGAAGUAUAUGAAAGAGGCAGUUUCGGGAGAGGAUGCGAACCUUAUGCUGUACCGUUUUUCAAUAUGGAACGGUUCAAUGGCAAACAAAUGCAAGGAGACGAAGUAUGCUAUUCUGGAUAUGACAAACCGUGCAAAUUGACACCUUAUGCUGUUCUUUUGGCAACAUAUGUGAAUUCGGAACAAGAUUGUCGACAAAAGUGCUCAAAAAUGAGAGAAACUGAUUCCGUUCCUUGCUUGUCUUACAGUUACAAGCUCACUACGCAUGGCACAGAAGAAAACUGUUUGCUCAGUGAUGUACCUAUAAGAGACUUGCGACCGGGUCUAGACUAUACCUACGACAAUGAUCAUGUUCUUUACACAUGGAAAGAUCUCGAUCCUUAUUGUGUGGUCAGCAGUUAUUCGCCGAAUGAUGCUCACGGGCUUGGUGGACCAAAUCCGCCGAAACCAGUGCUUUCAGAUCAUUCGCGACCUGAUUUUAAUCUCGGAAAAUAUCCAAGUCUAAGACCCGAUGAUAUUUAUAUCGAUCCAAGACCUUUCUUUACAAAACCGGGCAGUCAUGGUGUGAGACCGUUCGAUCCUGAUAAGCCUGAUCCUGUCAGACCGUAUCCUUCUGGUAGUUAUGGAUACGAUGGUAACAAAUUCGGAUACGGAAUUUAUCUCGGUGGAUUCGGAUCUCUUUACCCGGAUGAAUCCUCGACCUUCCGUUAUUACACGGUAAACGGUUAUCCGUGUAAAAGAGGUACAAAAUGCGAAAAAAAUAAACUCGCUGGAUUUUGGGCCUGCGAGACUGAAGGAGGCGGAUUUGACAGCUGGGACUAUUGUUGUGCACCAACUCAUCAUUGCGGCUUUUCGCAAGGAUAUCAUUAUCCAUGGUGCUACGUGGGAUUAUCAGAGGAUCAAUGGCGACCUUGUAGCGAAAAGUACUAUCCCUAUCUACCAAGCCCACGACCGUUCCGACCGAUGAUCGGUAGCGAAGAUCGCUACGAUCGUCCCAAUCGUCCGUAUGAUCCUAAUUACUACGGCAGACACUGGCCGAUCACGUACCUGCACCGAGAACCACCACCAAAUUGCACAGACUCGCUCGCGUCCGCCGACAACAGUGGAAAUCGUCGUUUGAACGAAACAAUCUCGACCACGAUCGAAACGCCGAAGAGUACUACCGCGAGAGUUAUAAAGAAUGAUGAAAAUAAUACUAUGACCACAAUUAGAACGCGCCGGCGACGAUUACGAGUGCGCACGGCUAACGAUAUGCGGAAUGAUCGUAACGCGAUUUUCUCGCAGAAAAUCAGUUCCCGAAUCAUUACGAAUGAUGCAACGCGGACUCGUGAAAAUCAGACGAGCUGGGAUCGCGCCGGAAAAAUCGAGCGAGUCACAAGACCGACAAAUACUAAACCAUCGCUUAUUAUGCAAACCGUUACAUCGUUCGUGACAACAAACAACGUUGAUGACACACAAUUCGAAGGUGUGAAAAAUAGCGACGGAAUGAUUAAAGUGCCCCUGAUCGCGCCAAAUAGAUCACUGCCAGUGGUGAGAGCUUAACUAUCCAUAGUGAACGUAAAUAUGGUUCUGCCAUCAGAAACGAUAAAUCAGACAACUUGCACAUCCAAAAAUGGAAUAUGUAAUUCAUGUCCCAAUUUUGGAUUUAUGUUGUCUGAUUCAACAACUUUCACACAAAUUUAAAUUUUAAUAAUUGAACAAGCUGUGAGAGACAGUUCAAAAUAAAAAAAAAAUGCUAAUGAUACGAUUAUCUAAAGAAUAUGAAAGUUAUAAUUAUAGUUAAUUAACGAUUAGUUUUGUAAAUAUACAGAGAUAUAGAUUCAAAAUAUAUAAUAUAAAUAUAAGAUUGAUUUGCGCUAACUUGUUAUCUGCAUUUAAAAUUGGAAAUGUCGCUAUUUAAACCAAUAUCACUUUGCAAAACGCGUGAUUGUGCUUAAUUUUUGGCAAAUAAAAAUGAUAAAGAUAUAAUAUGCUUCAACCGUAAAACUGCCCAAAUGACAAUUUGUCCUAUCGCGAUGCAUAAUUACACUCGACUUAAUUAUUUUAUCGUUUGAUAAUUAGUUGUGAAAAUGAUUUAUAAAAUAAAGAAUUAUA